GCAGACAACAACAUCCCCCCCUGCUCAACGCUAGAAGUUGAAUUCAGAGGGCGCAAAUAUGGAAGGACACAGCCAGAGAAAAACACAUGAGCGGGCCUAUGAAGGAUGAUGUGAAGGAUUUCACUGAUGUGACGCCGAAUUAUUGCCCUGUUAGCUAAAAAAAAUUUUUUUUAAAUCGUUAAACUGGAUUGCGCUGGAGUCAGAAACGACGGCUUGUCCCUGAUACACUGCUAGCAUUUGGGGUCUACUGGAGCGGAGAAAAAAAUGAGGUUCGCCCAGUUUUUGUUGAAAAACGGCUCGUUAGCUGGGAUACCGAAACAAGUGGAGAGGUUUUCCAAGUUUUCGCCUUCCCCAUUAUCCAUGAAGCAGUUUAUUGACUUCGGCUCUGCUAAUGCAUGCGAGAAGACGUCCUUUGUGUUCCUGCGACAGGAGCUUCCUGUCAGACUGGCCAACAUCAUGAAAGAAAUUGAUUACCUCCCUGACAAGCUUCUUGGCACUCCAUCUGUAAAGCUCCUGACAAGCUGGUAUUCACAGAGUUUGAUGGAGCUUGUUGACUUUUUAGAAAAAGAUCCAGACGAUAAGGAUGUCCUAAAAAUCUUCACACAGACUCUUGUGAACAUCCGGAACCGGCACAACAACGUGGUACCCACCAUGGCUCAGGGUGUGUUGGAGUUCAAGGAGGCGUUCGGCGUGGACCCCGUCACCAACCAGAACGUCCAGUACUUCCUGGACCGCUUCUACAUGAGCCGCAUCUCCACACGCAUGCUCAUGAACCAGCACACAUUAAUCUUUGAUGGCAGCGUAAAUCCAGCCCAUCCCAAACAUAUCGGCAGCAUCGACCCCAGCUGUGACGUGGUAGAGGUCGUAAAAGAUGCCUAUGAGACCUCCAAGAUGCUGUGUGAGCAGUAUUACCUCACCUCUCCUGACAUGGAGAUAAAGGAGGUCAACUCUAAAAGCCCUGGCCAGCCCAUCCACAUCGUAUAUGUUCCUUCGCAUCUCUACCACAUGCUGUUUGAACUCUUCAAGAAUGCCAUGAGAGCCACCGUGGAGACACACGAGACGAGCCCGUCGUUGCCCCCAAUUAAAGUCCGCGUUUCAUUGGGCAAUGAGGACCUUACUAUCAAGAUGUCGGAUAAUGGUGGCGGAGUCCCCUUGAGGAAGAUUGAACGUCUUUUCAGCUACAUGUACACCACGGCUCCCAGUCCCGUCCAUGUAGACAUGUCUAGAAACGCUCCGCUGGCUGGUUUUGGUUAUGGUCUUCCCAUCUCUCGCCUUUAUGCUAAGUACUUCCAAGGAGACCUGCAGCUCUACUCCAUGGAGGGCUACGGCACUUCAGCUGUCAUAUAUUUAAAGGCCCUGUCCUCAGAGUCAGUGGAGAGACUUCCUGUUUUCAACAAGUCAGCCCUGCGGCACUACCAGGCCAGCAUAGAGGCAGACGACUGGUGCAUGCCCAGCAAGGAGCCAAAGAAACUGGGCAAGUAUGAGAGGACCCAGUGAUAGCGGACCCAAGCGGAAGCGGACGAGACUCUGGAACUGUUUGAAUGAAAGUGUAAAAACGAACAAAAGAAAAAGCAAAGCUAUGGAACCCUGUGAGGAGACGAUGAAGCUAUCAUGUGACCGAACUUGAAUUUCUCUGUAUGAAAUGUGGGAUCUUCUCCCAGACUAGAAAGCUUCAGGAGAGCAGUGAUGAGAAAGUUUCUUUCAUGGAGAAAUGAUGAACAUAAAAACACAUUUCAGACCAGCGUAACCUCACGAAACCUCAUACACCACUUAUAAGUUUGUUUGUGCUGCUAAUGGAAGAUGAUAAAGAAAAAAAGCUGAGUUUAAUUUGUUUCAUGGCUCAGUUAACAGAUACAAAUGCUAAACCUGCUUCUGUUGAGAAGUGUCUUCACACGCAAACACUAAGGAACUUUAGGAGAUUUAUGUACACAAGUAUUCCCACUGUAACUUUGACUGUCACAUGCGGUCAUUGCUCCAGAUUCCUCAUUCACAGAAUACCUCAUCCGCUGAUCUUCCAGAUGUUUUACUUCAGUGUUAGUAGGGGAAAAAAUCAUGAAUUCCAGAGAAAACUUCACUCCUUUUAAAUGUUUCUAUAACCACGGUGGAUGUGUGAACAUGACUGAGCUGUAAUUAUUUCUCAAAUCAGAGACUGAUACACGAUCCUCGGUUACUAAUCCUGCAUAAGGGGUUUGUGUCUGGGAAAGCCUAGCUGAAGCCAGCCAGCGUGGGAUCACUCAGGUCAAACAUGAUGAGUGUAGUAACACAAAGGGAGCAAAGUCUGUUUUUAACCCUCCAUGUCGCUUAAUUCACUCAACUAAACCAUUUCUUAGUGAUGUUAAAGAUGAAGUAGCAGUGCUAAAUCUGAUUGUUUCUAGCUAGAAAAUUAUGAACUUCUUACUGUGGCAUCGAGUCCUUGCAUGCUGAACUUUAAAGUUUCGACUGCAACAGCUGCCAGGUUCACUUUGGUCUGAACUAAACAGAUGUUUGUCCUUUUCAGUAUUUCCUAAAGAUAACUGCCAAAACUUGCAUAACAGGUUUCAGCAGAUUCCUUCUACAAGUAUGUUAUCGCCCAAGUGUUUUGUAAUGAUGCGUGAAUUUUGUCAUCCAUUUUUCCAUUUUAAAAUGCUGUGCAGUAAUGUAAUCCAAAGAAUACAGAAGACAAGCCAAUUAAACUUCAUGCUAACGCUCGCUUCUUUUUCUUGUUUAAGCCAGUGACACAUUUUCUUAAAAGGUUCAAAGAAACUUGAUACUGGGCUGCGGUGCUGAAGUGUGCUUAAUAAGACAUUGCUGAGCGCAUGUUUUCUAGAGAACAUUUUGUUUCAGGUAGACAAAUAGCUGCCAUUUUAAAGAUAUAAUGAUAAUGCAAGUUUGUGGUAAAAAAAAUUAAAAUAUUUGGUGCCUUAUCACCCAAUAUUUUGCUCCCGAAGUAAGACGGAGACAAUGUUUCAGUGAG